AUGGCGGACCAAAACGUCCUCAUCCCAGUAAAACUGGAUGCCUUCAUCUUCAACAAGCCUGUAUGCGAUAGCGACAAAGACAGAGUCAAAAUUGCACCCAUAACGCAGCCAAACUACAGUUUUCUGAGGCUUGGUGAUGGCUAUCUUCAGGCCGACAUCAUGCACCAUGCCGACCUCCACAAUGCAUGGCCUGCAUGGAAAAACUCUCGAUUCACAGAUUUGGGAACAGGAAAGCCCUUUCGGAAACGGCAGGGUGUGUAUCUACACUGGACUAUGCCUCUCGUCUACAGAAGUGGCAUUACCGAAACAAAACCCAAAGCAUCAGGUGUUUCGGGCAAGCUUGCCGGAGUCACGUCCGCCAAACAAGAUGAAACUACACCCCAAUUUCCCAAUGCACCGGCGAGAUGGCUUGUCAUCAGAAAAAUCAGUGAUUUGGGAAGUGUACAGCCCGAAGAAGCGCGGAAUUUCGUCAAGAAAGUCACUUGCUGGGUCGUGGAAAGCGAUCGCAGAUGGAAGAUGGAAGAGUUGGACGACGAUGUUGACCUCCAAGUCGAUGUUUCGCCUUUCAUCUUUGCUACUGCCAACGACAACCCCGAAAUACCGAACGUCCCUCUUGAUGAUCAAGCUGAGGUCUUUAUCGGAAAGAAGGCUCCCCUAAAAGACUGGACAGAAGAGGGUGAAAGCAAAGCCCGAGUAGAUCUUAAACUGUUGAGUUCCUCGAAUCAACUUUUCCCAGACUAUCAGCCUCACUGCUCCAAUGUGUUUUCCAUGGUGGAUAACUUUGAGUAUGCACCUGGUCAAUAUCUUACUAAGGUCGAUGCAAGCUACUACGUCAUCGGCUGGAACUGGAGACUCGAGAAAGACCUAUUCUACAUUGAAGAGGGCAACCAAACACCGAGAAGAGACACGCUUUCCAAUCUAAAGAUGGAAAUCAAGGGUUCCCAAAAGAACGCAGAUGAAGAUGUCACUGAAGACAUGAGAACAUGGCUCAACUCCCCUAAAGGAACCAGAAGCGUCUGCCAUGGUACCAUCUACGAUGUCAAGUGGAACUCUGAGGAGGCCCCCGCCAAUGUGCCAGGAGACGACUACGCACGUCUCGUAAACGGCACAUUGCCAGUCUCUGUUGGUACUACGCCACUGGAUGCCCUCACCACUUAUGCCGAGGCGCAUAAAGAUAUCGAGCAGAACCCAACCAUCAAAAGGUUGGAAAUCAUCAUCAGCAAACUGGAAAAGUUCUUGCUAAUCAAGGAUGACGGAGUCGAGACCCAAUUUGAAGCAAAGGAUCUGCUUUACAACUGGAACUACUCUCGAUUUGAAGGCGGUCAGCGGUAUUAUGUCGCCGGUGGUGAUGACAAACCCGGAUCAGGUGCUGGCUUACCAGAUACCACUCUCACAAACCUGUCUGAUCUAAACCGCCACCAAGCGCUCUUUGACGCUCUUAGCAGAAGAGUAAAACAGCUGCGGUGGAGAAUGUUUUCAGAAUGGUGGAAGUAUUGCAUUCUCGGAGAACAACCAAAGGACGACAACACCGACAAGACUCGUGAAAUAGUCGAGCAGCUUGAUAUUCUGAUCAAGGAUCUGGAAAAUCAAGCACUGCUAGUUCACGCUAAAAUUCAAGAUCUCACAGCAGCCAACAAGAACUUCUUACCUGGCAGUCGCCCUACAUACUACCAGCAACGCGACCCAACCCUUCUUGUUGGAGGGGUCAAAUCUGGUUGGCAGCCGGAUUACCUGGAAACGCUCAAGUUUCGGCUUGAUUCCCAGGUCCAAGGGAGCGACACACCUUUUUCAUUAAUUGGUGGUGAAGAUUGGUCAGAUUCAAUUGGACAGAUUGAAAAGGUCAUACCUGAUCUUUCAAAGUCAAUGAAGAGUUUAAUCAACGAAUUUGUCCUCCUUGAAACAACCCGGGUCAAGGACCCAAUAGGCUCUAUCGCAAAGCAAUCUCCUCUAUACCACGACCAACUGGAAAUCGAUCAAGACGACAACAAACAGCCCAUACGGGGCCCAUGGCGUGAUCUUUGGAAUGACACUCAGCCAUGGUUUCCCCUAUUCCUUGAAUGGGAGGUUGAAUACGCUCAUCUAGACUACGAAAAAUUUUGGACGCUGAAGCAGCAUGACAAAACCCACGCUGAACCCAAUACAAUUCACUAUGUUAUCAAAGAAGACGUCGAUAUUCAAAAAGAACUCGAAAGUAUCGCGUUGAAGGACCGCGAUUACAGAAGACUCUCUGGCCGAGUUCUCGUUCUUCCUCAACCUAGUUUCUCACUAGAGGCUAAAAUCCGGCAAUUUUUCGAUGAUACUCCGGCUUUGCCACCGGGCACAGGCCUACUUGCUGGGGAUGAAGAGUUCAUCAAGAGCAAGCUACGGCAGCUUGGCUUUAUCUCGGGACCCUUAGCUGGCUUCUCUAGUCAUCUCGUUACUCUUGAGCAAGGAAAUCACGUCAAGCCGAUUCUCAAAAAGCCAGAUACAGGCGACUUGAUUGUAGUUCCAGAGGCUCUGAGAGAAAAAGCAGGCCUGGACGGAGGCCGCCUCGCCAAGAUUGGUAUCGAAUCCGAUGUCACGCCCUACGGAACCAGCAAAAAGGAACCAAGCAAUGGUGUUUCCAUCUUCAAGCCAGUGGCCCAUGGCCAGUUCAAAUUCACCAAGCUUAAUAUCAUUGACAAAUUCGGACAAACAAUCACCGCGAUUGAUCCCCGUCCUUCAAAAACGCCGAACAAGAUUUGGCCGUGUAUCAGUGAUUGGUACAAACCUCACCCACGCCCAGAGUUUCCCAACGAGCCCAAUGUUAUUGAGGAUGAUAAGGAUGAUCCGACCAGAUGUGAAUACAUCCAGGUUCCUCCUACUAUUCAUCAACCCUGUAGACUCAACGGCGCAUUUCUUGUUCCCCAAGUAGGGAAGAAAGAAGCCGGAAGGCCGCCAGUCGAAAUGGUAUCGGGGGUAUUUGAGAACCCUGAGAUACCCGGCGAUCCCGAAGAGCCCGGGAACCCCGAGCUACCCCCACCCCCACCUGAACCUCCUUUCUGGCGUACCACGAAUGAGUGGGACAAGCCGGUUUGGGGAUGGGUUGUCGUCAAUUACGCCAACUCGGGUGUCCAAGUCUUCCUCCCAGACGGAACCUUCUACAGAGAAAUCCGUCUCGGUGAUGCAAGUCAAGGGUCGGUGACUUCACCCGCAUGGCUUCCAUUCAAGAAACCCAAAGAUCCAAAUUUUGGAAACACCUAUGAAAUGCAGCAACUUUCUCUCCUCGUUGCAAAGCUUGGGUGCGACAAGUACCUCACUGAAUUCGUCGGAAUGAUCAAUUCCGCGACAGUUCAACUACAAGCUCCACCGAGUGCGUACUCAGAGUUCACCAGCUCCCUCAUUGGACGCCCUUUGGCGCUUGUGAACAUGGGCUGGUCACUCGAACUCGCAGCAAAUGAGCUCUCAAGCCAACUUGUCGGAGAUCUCGCCCCAGAGAAGUGGCUACUCCCGAGUCCCAUCACUGACAAACCGAGUGGUCCAACAAUCGGACGCCCAACCUAUCAGUUUGAGGUUAAACUCGGAGAUAAACAACGCGGCUUCGACGGCCUCGUUGGUUAUUUCCAAGGAAAGCCUUCAAGGGAAUGCACAUUUGGCGAUGCGCUUCAUCUUGAUAAUUUUUAUUCUCAUUACAGUGGCAACGAUAUUCGGGACCCAAACCUCGGAAAAGAAGAGUAUAAAUUUCUGAAAAUCAUCGAUAAAGGCAACUACCCGGUCUUUGAAAGCCACUACAUUCCCCCAGAAAGCAAAAGUGCCAUAGCUUAUGAAACAGCUUACAACACUGAGCUGUCAAAGCACACUUUUGGGGCCUUAGUAGACCCAUUUUCGCCUAUUCACGCAUACAGCGGAAUUCUACCCGUUAAAGAGAUUGUUUUGCCAAAUUGGCAAUGGCAAACUGCCAUUGAGAAGAUGAAGGCCUUUUUUCAUGCGGGCCCCGUUUUAGUCGUGCAAGAUGUCCCUCCUUUCGAUGUCAGUAAAGAGCUGACUGCUGACACUCCUGUCAAGAAGGUUCUGAAGAAAGAUAAGAAUGAGAUCGGAGUGCAGUUGCCCUCGGUUUCUGGAGAUCAGUGGACUUGGCUGCAACCUUAUGUGCCUGAACCUAAGCUUGAGCCGAAGCCUGGCGAUCCCACGCUGGCUGGGGAUCCAAUCUGCCCUCCUCCUCCUCCUAAUGACGAUCUGAAUGAUCCCAAGGAGUCGUAUAUGGGUUUGGCGAUCGAUGCGCUCGAUAUGAAGUCGAGACUUGAGGAAGGGCCCUAUACGGCUAUUGAAGGGUAUCUGCAACUUGCAGAUGCACCUUCAGAACAGACAUCGUGA